UAUUGUUGACACCUGAAAAAACAACGCCGGGCAUUUGUCGUUAAUAUUCAAUAAAUUGCAUCAAAAUGAGUCCCUCAGAGUUUAAAUUGAACAAUCCGCCGGAGGAUCUGAUCUCCGCUGUGAAAUUUGGCCAGAAGUCCAACCAGUAUUUGGCUGCAUCGUCCUGGGAUGGAACUGUGCGCUUCUAUGAUUUGGCGGCAAACUCAAUGCGUCAAAAAUUUGUGCAAGAGACUCCAAUCUUGGACUGUGCCUUUAUGGAUAUUGUCCAUCUGGUGAGCGGUGGACUUGACAAUAAACUGCGCCUAUAUGAUGUUAACACACAAACAGAGAACUUGGUGGGGGCGCAUGACAAACCUAUACGCUGUGUUGAAUACGCAGAUCAUGUCAAUUGCAUACUGACAGGUAGCUGGGACGCUACUGUCAAGCUAUGGGAUAUGAGAGAGAAACGCUGCCUGGGCAGUUACGAGCAGAACAAUGGCAAAGUAUAUUCGAUGUCUGUGAUAGACGAAAAGAUUGCAGUGGCAACUUCAGAUCGCAAGGUGUUAAUUUGGGAUCUGCGCAAGAUGGACAACUACCUAAUGAAACGUGAAUCUUCGCUAAAAUAUCAAACACGCUGUAUACGCCUCAUACCCAACAAGGAGGGUUACGUGAUGUCUUCCAUUGAGGGACGCGUGGCUGUUGAGUAUUUGGAUCAUGAUCCCGAAGUGCAGCGUCGCAAAUUUGCAUUUAAAUGCCAUCGCAAUCGUGACAAUGAAGUUGAGAAAAUCUAUCCCGUCAAUGCAGUUAGUUUUCAUAAUGUUUAUCAUACAUUUGCCACGGGCGGCUCGGAUUGUAUUGUAAACAUAUGGGAUGGCUUUAAUAAGAAGCGUCUCUGUCAGUUCCACGAAUAUGAUACAUCAAUAUCGUCGCUCAACUUUAGCAACGAUGGCAGCGCUUUGGUUAUUGGCUGCUCCUACAUGGAUCAGGGCACCGAGCCACCACCAUCCGUGCCUAACCCAGCCAUUUAUAUACGCUACCCAACCGACCAGGAAACAAAGCAAAAGUAAACGUGAGCUUUUUUAUUGUUAAACACACAGACAAACGAUUAUUUAACUAAGUA